ACAGGGCAUGCAAAGGCGUCCACAAUUCAAAGAUGUCGUUUAAUCUAUCGGCCGCAGCGACUAGUGAAGACUGUCGUUUUGGCAGCCAAAUUGCAAUCUUCUUCUCUUUACGUACAGCGAAGGGGUUAGAUGAAGAGAAAGAGAGGAGGCGAGGAGGAGGGCAUGGAUAUCGUGUGGCAGACUCCAGCGAAUCCCCCGCACCCGCACGAUUACGUCUUUCGAAACGGAAUACGAUUCGUUAGACCAUACUACUUUGAAUUCAUCGCUCACGUCAAAAAUCGGUGGGCGGGGAAAACCAUUGUAGACUUAUUUGCUGAGGAGUUUAAAGGUCGGCCUUAUGAUUAUUAUGUUAGUGCAGUGAAAUGUGGAAGGAUUCAAGUAGAUGGUGAGAUUGUACCAGUUUCAUACGUAGUUAAACCUUCUCAAAAGAUAAGCCAUUUCUUACACAGGCAUGAACCACCUGUGAUGGCUUGUGAUGUUGUUAUUCUUCAAAAAGAACCAGAUGUGCUAACUAUUUAUAAGCCAGCAUCUGUUCCUCUGUUACGUAGGUACACCCAUGUGGUCAAUAUCGGAAGAACACUGUUGUUGGCAUUCUUGAAGCUGAGCAUGGCCUGGCACCUCUAUUUCGUAUCCAAAAAUGCAUUCUGGAGAAGAGAUAAAUGGCUUCUUAUUUUGGCGAGAAAUGCUGCAAAAGCUGACAUCUUUAGGCAACAGAUAGAAGCUGGUUUAGUCCACAAACAGUAUAUUGCAAAAGUAGUUGGAGAAUUUCCUGAGGACGAGCUAAUUGUUGAUGCCAAUAUUGACUAUAAUGCACGUGAAGGAAGGAGCACAGCGGAGGUCAGAGACUCCGCAAAGGGGAAGGCUGCCUCUACAAAAUUUACUCGGAUUAGUACUAAUGGAACUCAAAGUAUUGUUUUAUGUGAACCUAUCACUGGCCGUACUCAUCAGAUACGUGUUCAUUUACAGUAUUCAGGGCACCCAAUAGCCAAUGACAUGCUGUACCUCUCAGAACAAACUGUUGAUCGAUCUGUCAAAGGGUGGAGUGCUGAUAGAUCAGCUCGCAUAUCUGAUGUUUCUCUGACAUCAGAUCUUGAUGAAGUGCUCAAUGAAUGCGAAGAAAAUUCCAAUGAAGAUUUUAGCAUUGAUCCCAUGUGUACAAAUUGUCCAAAUUUGGCACCCAAAGGCUUUUAUAAUUGCAGAUAUGAUGGUGAUGAAGAUGGUCUAUGGCUACAUUGUAUUCGCUACACGGGGCCUGGAUGGACGUACGAGUGUCCAUAUCCUGAUUGGGCUAAAUUUAUCUAGACAAUUUGAUAUAUUUUUCAUCGUAAAUUUCAAACAAAUAUGCAACGACUUUUUUUGAGUUUUCAUCUGAGUUGUGCUGGUUACGGAAAAACUAUUUAAUCUUUUGCUAGUAUUCAGGGACACUGGAUUGGAACGAUCAAUUAUUGUUACUAUUGAUUUUUUCGCGUUGGAAAAUCAGUAGAUUAUUCUAUUUUAAAAUGAUUAAAUGUUUUUUAUAGUCUAUAUAUACUUUUACCUUUUUGGACGA